UUUUUAGUCUAGUUUUGUUGUUGUUGUUUCGAAAAUCAUCAUCAUCCAUUUGAUUUAAUAAACCAAAAAAAUAUUCAAUUUUUACUCAGAAUCACUCAUCAUCAUGUCUUCAUCAUCACCAUCAUCCGUAUCAAAAUUAUCCGGUACUUCUGUUAUUCCAGCAAAACCAUCCGAAUCUAAUAAUGAAAAUGAUUUAUCGCAUCCAUUAUUUCAUAUGGCUAUUGUUCGACGAUUAAAGGAAAAAAUUCCAAUCAUUAAUCGUAUGCAAAUUUUUGUUGAAAAUAAUUAUGGACGAAUAAAAUCUAGUUCGAAUAUGAUAUCGAUUGUAAUCGGUAAAGUAGAAAAUGGUGUUAAUUUAUUUGCCAUAAAAAUUGUUCAUUAUGUACCCAGAAAACCUGUGGAAUUGAUCGAUAAAAUGGCAUGUUAUGGUCUUGAUAUGAUCGAUAAACGUUUACGACAAAUGUUUGAAUUAUCAAUAAUUGUAAGUGAUAAUGUUGUUCAAAUUCCAAUGGCUAUUGGUCAUCAAUAUACACAAUUGAUAACUAUAAAUGGAUUUUAUGAUAAAUUGAAUCAAUUUUUAUUAUCAUUGGAAUCAAAAUUGGAAUAUUUAAUGCCAUUACCUGAACCACAUCAUCAAAAAGAUGAUCAAAAAGAUGUUAAAACAAUAAUUGAUCUUUUAUGGCGAUUUAUUCAACAUUUAAAUGAACAUUUAAAACAUUAUGUUAAAGGACAUAUCUUUAUCAUUAGAAUGAUUACCAUUGUUGAUCGUUUUAAGCCAGGAUUUAUUAAACUACCAUUUGUUUCAACACAAUCAUUGACCAAUGAUAAAAAAGUAAUUAAAUCCGAUGUAUCGAAUAAUGUUAUUGAAAAAAAUUCAAUCGAAAUGAUAUCCAUUAAUAAUGAUUCAUCAAAAUCUAAUGAUCAACAAACAAACAACAAAUCAAAAUUUUCAACAGACAAUAUUGUUGAAAUAAAAUCAACAAAACCAGAAAUAGAACAGUUCAAAGAUCAAGUAACCGCUGUUGUUGAUCAAAUUGUUUCAAAUAGUACGAUGAUGAUGGAUAAAAAAAUUGAUAAUCAAAUAACUGUCAAUCAUCAUUUGAAUGGCCAUAAUAAUGAUUUAAUCAAUGUUGUUGCUAAUAAUAAUAUUCAUCAACAACAACAACAACAAAACGAAAAUAAAUCUGCAAUAAAAGAUUAUGAAAAAGUCAAUGGUCAACAACCAAAAUUGCAACAACAACAACAACAACAACAACAAGAAUCACAACAACAAGAAGUGAGUAACAAGAUUAAAAAUAACAAGGCUCAAUCAUUAUCAUCAUCGACAUCGACAUCGACAUCAUUCACACCCACAUCAGGUAAAAUUCAAUCAAACAAAUCGGUAAAAUCAUCAAAAAAGCAACAACCAUCAUCAACAACAACAACAACAACAACAUCAUCGACUACGUCGGCUAAUGGAUUCUAAUUUUAAUUGGCUAAAAAUAAAGAAGAUUCUUUACGGAUAAUAUUCAAAUCAUUUUAAUACUCUUUGUUUUUUUUAAAUACUAAAAACCAUAGUAAAGAUUGAUUCACAUUGA